ACACUUUUCUUGCGGUUCACAGCAAUAAAUGGCAUUUAGCUCACAAAAUAUUGUAGUAUCGGCUUUUAACAAGAAUAAACAAUUAGCUUAGCGUAAUUGUGUUGCCAUUAUAGCCAGAAACGGUUGCAGCAAACAAACACAAUGGGCGAACAACCAAUUUUCACUUGCCAGGCGCACGUCUUCCAUAUUGACCCGAAGACGAAACGUACUUGGAUUACGGCUAGCAUGAAGGCGGUUAAUGUUAGCUUCUUUUUUGACUCGUCGCGAAACUUGUAUCGCAUCAUCAGCGUGGAGGGUACCAAGGCGGUCAUUAAUUCCACAAUAACGCCCAACAUGACGUUCACACAGACAUCACAAAAGUUUGGCCAAUGGAGCGAUGUGCGCGCCAACACGGUUUAUGGGCUCGGCUUUGCAUCCGAGGCCGAAUUGACAAAGUUUGUGGAGAAAUUCCAAGAGGUGAAGGAGGCGACUAAGAAUGCCAUGAAGUCGGCGAACGGCUCCAAUGCUGUUACGCCCACAACCUCGGCAAAUACGUCGCCCAUAUCGGGGCGUGCUGUUGGUGCCAUGCAAAACGAUAAUACCGCCAUAGAUCCACAUACCGUAGAACCGCCGAAUCUAAGCAAUACAAAUACACAGAACGCGAAUCCGGACAGUCCAUCGCACAAGCUAUUGAGCACAAGUGAUGCCAAACCGGAUAUAACUUCGGCCACCCCCUCGCCACAGCCAUCGGUGGGUGCGGGCACAGGCGGGGGUGGCGGCGGCGUUACCAUUUCAUCGGGUGGCAGCAUUGUGGGCAUGCACACUGGACCGGGAGCGGGCGCAACUGCUGAGCAGCAACUGAAAUACGAAAACGAACGUCUGAAAAUGGCCCUCGCGCAAAGCUGCGCCAACGCCAAGAAAUGGGAAAUCGAACUGGCCACAUUGAAGAACAACAAUAUACGUUUGACAAGCGCUCUGCAGGAGUCCACAGCCAAUGUGGAUGAGUGGAAGCGCCAACUACACACCUACAAGGAGGAGAAUAUACGACUCAAACGCGAAAUGGAAUUGUUGCGAGUAGGCGCGGGUAGUGGCGCCGGUGCUGCUGGCGGCUCCUCGUCGGAGGAUGAGCUGCGUCGCGAACUGGCCGCCAUGAAGGCGCGCACGGAGUCGUUGCAGGCGGAACUGAUGCAGCAGGAGGUCGAGCUUAAAAUGGCAAACAUCAAUUUGCGCGAGAAGUGCAAUGAUCAGACUCUGGCCAAGCUUAGCGAGCUGAAUGUGCUGUUUGCCAAGCAGCUUUCGGAGCUGUGUGCUGUGCAAAAGGACAUGGAAAAUGUUAUACAUCCUGCUAAGUGCACUUGAGACGCAGAGUUGGGUUUACAUAGAAAGGUUUCAGCGCAGGAACAAACUACAGCAAAUACUACAACGACUUCAUCGACAACAACUACAACUAGCAAACGUUAUUUAAGCAAUUUUCUGACGGCGGGCGCUGUUACCCCCCAGCCGGGCGGCGGCAGCGGCGAGGCCGAAAGCACGCUCUCCAAUGUCACUUCCAUACACACCCAACUUCAGUCGUCGCUGUACGAGAGCCAGAACACGGCACAGCUUAAGGCGCUGGACAAGCACUCGGCUCUGCUGCAGGAACUGCAUCAGCGACAGGCGGCACCCAGACGCAGUUCUCUGACCGAAGCUGCUGCGGCGGCGGCUGGCACAUCGACGGGCGGUGCUAAAACCGCCACAAUACUCGUAUCCAAAUCAAAAACUAAAACUGGGCUGCCCCUUCUGCUGAAGAACUCCAUAAAUAAUUAGUAGACGCAUUGCGCAUUGCAGAGAACUUUUGUAAUCUUUGUAUUGGUAGUUUGUAAACAAUUCACUUUCAAUUGUCACAGUCACAAGUCCCCGACGCGCCUACGACCCUAGUCUUAUAUGAAUGUAUGUAUGUAUGUAAUUUCUCGACUCGAAACGCCCAGUAUUUUUUCCCAAAUUGUAUGCGUGUCCCCAUGUUGUCACAUCACUCUUCUCGUAGACCUAAGACAAAAUUCACGAUUCAAUUCGAUUCGAUUAUCAUGUGCAUUUUUUGUUAAGUGCAAUAUAUUUAAUAAUUAACUAACCAUUGAUAUACAUAUGCAUAUUAUUAUAACGAAAUCGUGUGCUUUUUAUUUACUCUUACUUUUUUGUAACUGUUAAUUAAUUUUUAAUGAGAGCUUGACAAUGAAUACUCACAUUCUUUCCGCCAAAAGCACUUAAGAACUUAUUACUUCCAUCGAUUUUGAACGAACAAAUUGCAAUGCAAUGAUAUUUUGUAAAUGUGCUCGAAAACUUUACGUAUUUGAAAACCAAAAUUGUAUUCUACGUUUAAGAAAAUUUUAAAUUUCAUUUUAUUUAAUGUCUAUUUAUUUAUCAUAUACCCUUAUUUGAUAUUGAAAUAAUAUUAAGCAUAUACAUACUUUAACUAACGACGACGAACAUACUAAAACAUAAAAACACACAUUUAAAACGAAUUAAUUUUAUAAAUACAUAGCGAAAAGGAAAAGAGAAUACAAAAAUUACCAGAUAUGAUAUAAUUAGCAAAGUAAAAUACAAAAUAACAACAAACGAACAAAAGCAACAAAAACAACAAGUCAAGCAAAAACUAGUUUAAUAUAUUGAAAAUAAUAUACAUAUAUACUCGUAUAUAUAUGUCUGUAUGUAUCUAACGGAACCACAAAUCUUGAGAGAAGCCAUCUAAUAAUAAUAUUAAAAAAACAAGAAUAGAAGACACAACACACCCCACACGCGAAAUAUUUUCACCCAGCAAUAAAUAAGAUUUAAAGGUAACGAAUAAAAUUUAUGAAAUGGGAAACGUUUACGGUUAUAUUCAAGCCAUAUUGUUAUGCAUUUGUGCAUAAAUAAAUAAUACAGUUAAUAAAACAAAUGUUGAACAUACAAAGCUAGCAAUUAAUAAUGAAAUCGCGGAAGAAAUAUAU